AUGCCAGCGAAGAAGGUCGAACCGAAGAAACCGGAGCCCAAAAAGCCCGAGGCGAAGAAGGAGGAGGCCGCCGCCGCUCCUCCUCCGAAACCGGCUGAACCCGAGCCCAAAGCCCCCGAAGUGGACCUGAAGAGCAUCGUUCUGGAGUUCACCGCGGAGCAAAUGGAAGAGUUCCGCGACGCCUUCACGCUUUUCGACGAGACUCCGACCGGCGAAAUGAAAAUCACUUACGCUCAGUGCGGAGACGUGAUGCGCGCCCUGGGACACAACCCCACCAACGACGACGUUCUGAAGCUACUCGGACGCCCCAAACCCGAGGAAAUGAACUCAAAACUGCUGGAUUUCGACACGUUUUUGCCGAUGCUGCAGCACGUGGCGAAGUCCAAAGAGCAGGGUAACUUUGAGGAUUUCGUGGAGGGUUUGCGAGUGUUCGACAAAGAGGGGAACGGUACGGUGAUGGGGGCGGAGUUGAGGCACGUUUUGGCGACGCUCGGGGAGAAGAUGACGGAGAACGAAGUGGACAGGCUCAUGGCGGGACAGGAGGACGCCAACGGACACAUUAACUACACCGAGUUUGUCAAACACAUCCUCGCAGGCUGAGCGUAAAGAAACAAGUGAAUAUUUGUGUUCAGACAAUAAACAGCUGUAACAUUA